AGCCGUUAUGUAAUUGGCUGAAAAGAAGUCAAAAGAUAAUGCGGUGAGCUUCAUUUUGUUUUUCGGUGUAUCCACCUCAAAGCCCUUGUCUCUAAUAAUAUUACACAACCCACAAAAAAAACCUUCAAGCAGGUGAUGGCGUUGAAAGUAUAUGUUGAUCGGAUGUCCCAACCGUCUCGUGCAGUUCUCAUCUUCUGCAAAAUAAAUGGGAUAGAUUUCGAGGAAAUCCGAGUAGAUAUCUUGACAAAUAAGCAAUUCUCCCCUGAAUAUAAAGCAAUAAAUCCCAUGCGUCAAGUUCCCGCAAUAGUUGAUGGCCGAUUUAAGCUCUUUGAGAGUCAUGCAAUUCUUAUCUACUUAUGCUGUGCAUUUCCGGGAGUGGCUAGUCACUGGUAUCCCGGUGAUCUAUUCAAAAGAUCUAAGAUUCACUCUGUUUUAGACUGGCAUCAUUCCAAUUUACGCCGUGGAACAGUUGGACUUGUUUUCAACACCAUCAUUGGACCACUAAAUGGACUCCCUUCAAACGCACAAGCAGCCAAGGAAGGUGAGAAGCUACUCGUGAGAUCGUUAGCGAAACUAGAAGAUUUUUGGCUAAAAGAUGGGCGGUUUUUGACUGGAAGCCUUCAGCCAUCAAUAGCGGAUAUCAGCUUAGUAUGUGAAAUCAUGCAACUUGAGCUCUUGAGUGAGAAGGAUCGUGAUCGGAUAUUAAGCCCUUAUAAGAAAGUUGUUCAGUGGAUUGAAGACACAAAGAAGGCAACGGCACCUCAUUUUGAUGAAGUUCACGGGAUUCUCUUUAAAGCCCAGAAAAAAUUUCGAGAGCGGAUGGCAACAGAAUCUGUUAAAAAUGAAGUGAAGUCGAAGAUGUGAGAUCACUUGCUAAGUUUCAUAUCGUCUUUACUUAAAAGAUUAAGUUCAGUUGAUCACAGCCUGUAUGAUAUGUCUCAAGUCUAUAUUUACAAUAUACCGUUUCAGGAUUAUGUAAUCGUCGUUUUGACUAAUAAAUUGGAUUUCAUCCAUUAUCCUUCUUA